GAAGAAACUAUUCCGACGACUGAGACUGAGAUAGAAGAUGGCGAACAAGCUCAUCGGAGAAAUGGACCUUCUCAAGAGAAUCUCAAACAUUUUCGCCGCGCGAAACAUCAUCACCGCCAAGGAUGCAUUGUCUAUGACGGAGUUUGAGUUGAUGGAGCUUCUAGACGUUGGAAUGAAGGAGAUACAAUCAGCUGUUAGACUCAUCAGCGAAGCUGCCUCUCCUCCAUGUCAAUCCGCUCGAUCUUUGCUGGAGCAAAAGGUCGAAAACGAGUACCUAUUGGGGCAUCUUCCUACCCAUUUGAAGGGGUUGGACUCAGCCUUGUGUGGUGGCAUACCCUUUGGUGUUCUUACUGAGUUGGUAGGCCCUCCUGGUAUUGGUAAAUCACAGUUUUGCAUGAAGCUUGCUCUAUCAGCUUCGUUUCCUAAAGCUUAUGGAGGUUUAGAUGGUCGUGUGAUCUACAUAGACGUUGAGUCCAAGUUUAGUUCAAGAAGGGUGAUAGAGAUGGGAUUGAAGAGCUUCCCUGAAGUGUUUCACCUUGAAGGAAUGGCACAAGAGAUGGCAGGAAGAAUCCUUGUGUUGCGGCCAACUUCUUUAUCCGACUUUACUGAAAGUAUACAAGAACUCAAGGAAUCGAUUCUUAAAAACCAAGUGAAGCUGCUAGUGAUUGAUAGUAUGACAGCUCUUCUUUCAGGUGAAAACAAACCUGGAGCUCAGAGACAGCAGCAUCAGCUGGGUUGGCAUAUCUCUUUCUUAAAAUCGCUUGCUGAAUUUGCACGGAUUCCUAUAGUGGUGACUAAUCAAGUUAGAUCACAAAACCGAGACGAGACUAGUCAGUAUUCUUUCCAAGCUAAACUGAAAGAUGGAUUUGAAGAACACACAAGGACGUAUGAUUCUCACCUCGUUGCUGCUUUAGGGAUCAACUGGGCUCAUGCUGUAACCAUCCGGUUGGUUCUUGAAUCCAAGUCCGGUCAGAGAAUCAUCAAGGUUGCAAAAUCUCCUAUGUCCCCUCCUCUAGCCUUCCCUUUCCAUAUAACAUCAGAAGGAAUCUCAUUGCUCAGCGAUGACGGGGCUGAACUGAAAGGCCGAGGAAUCAACAAUAUUCAUGCUCGAGGGCACAGCGACAUGAUUAACUUCAAUGGAGACUGCUCGUAGUGGAAUAAAGAUUGAUACAAAAAACGAUGGUAAGUAGGUCACUAGGACUGCUUUCAUGUUACUGCAGUUUAUUAUGCUAUGUUGGACUAUUUUUCCGACCAAAAUACAUUUACUAAACAAUAGUAAGCCAGUGUUAAUAAAGAGCUAAUUAGCUCUCAUGUGUUAUGGAUUAGCUCAUUAGCUCAAUAUACUUAUAAGAGCUAAUUAGC